GUUGGCCUACUUCAUCGGCCAAGAAGAUUCUCUUCAUUCCCUCUUUCCUCUCUCAAACUCUCAGAAAUAGAAAACCCUCAAUUUCGUCAAUUAGGGUUCAAUCCAAUUUCAAAAUUCCCAAUUCUCUCUUCCAAUACCCAUCUCAAUUCUCUUCCAAAUCCUCAAACUUUCCCCCUCUGGGUCCUCCAAUUGCCGUCAUUCACCGCCGGCGAGCCACCGUAGCUCGCAUCUCCGGCAACCAAAUCAUGGCGAAGUUCUCCGAUCUUCGCUUCCUCGCCGUCUUCGCUCUCUGCAUCAUCAUCUUCCCCGCCGUAUCCACCGCCGAGCUCGAAGAACCCUCGGUCCUCCAAUUGCCGUCGUUCACCGCCGGCGAGGAGCAGAGCCUCUGCCCUUUAACGACGCCGUCUUCUUGCCCGGCGAAGUGCUUCAGAACGGACCCGGUGUGCGGCGCUGAUGGCGUGACGUACUGGUGUGGCUGCGCUGAAGCCGCGUGCGCCGGUGCGAAGGUUGCGAAAUUGGGGUUCUGUGAAGUGGGGAAUGGGGGAACCGCGCCUUUACCUGGUCAAGCAUUGCUUUUGGUUCACAUUGUGUGGCUCAUUGUGUUAGGGUUCUCCGUUUUGUUCGGGCUUUUUUAGGAUUCUGUAUGUAUGAGGAGAUGUUGAUUUAUUUGUACCAUGAUGAUGUAUGUGUACAUGAUCUUUUUUUCUUUCUUUCUUUUGAGAAUUGUGGUGAUGGGGUAUGUUGAUUCAUGGUUCAUCUGUUAUACUCGGGAAUUUGAACAUGUUGAUUCUUUUUCUAUUGUUAAUUGAUGAUAUAGCCAUUCUUUUAUUA